AUGCUCAGCGCCGUGAAAUUCGUUAGGGUUGACAGCGCUGGCGAGAGAAAGAAGGAUAGCAGCGGGCAUAAGGUGAAGCCCAGGAAGGGAUCGGACGACUCGAGCGACAGCGAGCGGGAGAGACGACGAAAGAAGCGGAAGAAGGAAAGAGGCGGGAAGAAAGGAAAGAGGAGAGGGCGGCGCGGGGGUGAGAGCGAGGCGGGGGAGAGCGAAUCGGACAGCGAGGAUGGGCGGGCGACGAGGAGAGCGAGGAAGCGGGAGGAGCGAAGGAAGAGGCGGGGCAAAUGGAUCGAGGACGUAUCGGACGGCUCAGAUGACUCGGAGGGGUCGGAUGAGGAGGGCGACGAGAUACGAGCUGGUGUGACCGCAGGCUUGGGUGCGCGGUCAGAGGGAGCAGGGCAGGGCGGGCAGCAGUCGCGUGAGGCAGCGGGGAUGGAGUGGAUGAUGCGCGCCCCGGAGCGGCCGCUGGGGGAAGCGAGGGCGGUGGAGGAGGAGGAGGAGGAGAAGGGCAGGAAAGAGAUAGUGCUGGGAAGCAGUGCACGCGAGCUCAACCCGUACUUCAAGACCGGGGACGGCUUCCCUGACUCCGCUGCCGCCCACCCUGCUGCUGACCCUGCCGCCCAUUCUGCCGCCCAACGGCUGGGCUCUGCCCGCCCAGCACCGCCGCCCGGUGUGGGCGAUGGCGGUGCCAGCUGGCGGCUGAAGGCUCUGCGGCGCGCCAAGGAGCAGGCGGAGCGCGAGGGGAAGCGACUGAGCGAGGUGGUGUCGGACCGGUGGGGCUCGCUCUCCUCCCUCACCGCCCGCCUCUCCUCCGCCCGCGCUGCCCCCGCCUUCGCCCACAAGCAUGCUGCCCGCGACCGCGAGAGGGGGGUGGGGGAGGACAGAGGGGACGAGGGGGAGGGGGCGAAGGAUGGGAGGGGAGAAGGAGAGAGAGAGGGGAAAAGGAGCAGGGAUGGUGAGGGGCUGAGGAUUGAAGACGUCAAGGGGGAUGGAGGGAGAGGUGGAGAGGGAAAGGGUUGGAGAGGCAAGGAGGGAGGCACAAGGGACAAGGGGAGCGGAGGCAGGGGAGGGUGGAGGCAGGAGGAAGAGAGAGAGAGGGAGGGAGAGGGGCGUGGCAGGAGGGGUGGGCGAGAUGAUGGCGGUGAGGAGGAGGAGGACGAAGAGGAGGAGAGGCGGAUGAGGGGCGGCAGGAGGGGGUACCUGGAGGGCGUGUCAGUGGGGGCGAGGGCGGGCAUGAGAGUGCCGCAGCAGGAGUCAGUGUCGUGGCGCCGGCGAGGAGAGGGCGGGGCACGGGGUGAGAGGGGGGUAGCGGGUGACAAGACGAGGGCAGGGGAAGGAGGGGGGGGCGAGGGGGGUGAGGAGAGGAAGCAGGCGUGGAAGGGGGUGGGGGCGUGGAGGCCUGGCAUGGGCGUGGGCAGGCGGGGCGGGUGGGCCGAUGGCGUGCUGGAGGAGGCGGCUCGCAGCGUCAAUGCCUUCGCUGACGACGGCGGCUUCCUUGCGCAGCAGCUGGCCCGUGGUGACGUGGUGGCAGGGCCAGAUGCGGGCGGGGGGAAGCCGCUAAGGGGAGUUGGGACCAGGGAGGAGGCGAGGGGUGCAGACGGUAGGAGAGGAGCAGCAGGGGAGAGAGGCCGGGAUGCAGCAGGCAGUGGUGGGGCUGGUGAGAAGGCAGAGGGAGUAACCGCAGGUGAUGGGGACAAGAGUGACUGGAGGGAGGGCGGUGAGGGAAGGGCGAGUGAGGACGGUGGAGAGAGGGGUGCAGGAGAGGAGGUGGGGAGUUUUGCGAGAGGGGGAGGGGAGGGCAUGGAGGGUGGUGGUGGGGCUGCUGUGGAUGCGGGCGAUGCACGCGUGCAGGAGAUACUGGCAGGCGGACUGACAGCCAAUCAGAUGGCGGCAAAGGCCAUGCGGCUCAAGCUGAUGGGCAAGGCGGAUGAAGCCGACUGUUGGCAGGUGGGCUGGGCGCAGAGGGGAUGGGCGCAGGUGGGAUGGGCGCAGGUGGGAUGGGCGCAGGGGGGAUGGGCGCAGGGGGGAUGGGCGCAGGGGGGAUGGGCGCAGAGGGGAUGGGCGCAGGUGGGAUGGGCGCAGGGGGGAUGGGCGCAGGUGGGAUGGGGCGAGUGGAGGAUGCGUGCAGCAGCGGCCAAGUCCCAGCCCCCUCCACCAGCACCACCGCCCGCGCUGCUGACUGCACCUGCCACAUCCACACUGGAGCCCCGGGCUCUGGGGGAGGGCAGGGGGGACGGAGAAGGGGAGAGGGGGGAGGGGGAGGGGCGGAGGGAGGUGGUGCAGCUGCCGCUGGUGGAUGGCAGCGGGCGGUACCUGCCAGCUGUCAUGGCGGCACGGGAGGGGCGGGACGAGGUGCAGGCGGGGCGGCGGGAGAAGCGUGUGGAGCGAUACGAUGUGGAGGGGGGCACGGGGCAGCGGGCAAGGGAUUGUUUUGUGGCUUCCUUCCCGAAGAAGGUUGAGGCUUCGUUGCUGCGCAGUGCGCACGUGGUAGAGCGUGGGCCAGGUGUGGUGCGCAGAGGGGAUGGGAGAGCCAAGGGGAGGAACGGAUGCCAAAGGGCAGGGCAUGGCAAGCAAGAGCAGCAGCCAAUCUCGAUCGCGUCUGCCUCUCCUCCUAUUCCCUCCGUCCCUCCUUCGCUCGACUAUGCCCUUUGCUCGACUAUGCCCUUCGCUCGACUAUGCCCUUCGCUCGACUAUGCCCUUCGCUCGACUAUGCCCUUCGCUCGACUAUGCCCUUCGCUCGACUAUGCCCUUCGCUCGACUAUGCCCUUCGCUCGACUAUGCCCUUCGCUCGACUAUGCCCUUCGCUCGACUAUGCCCUUCGCUCGACUAUGCCCUUCGCUCGACUAUGCCCUUCGCUCGACUAUGCCCUUCGCUCGACUAUGCCCUUCGCUCGACUAUGCCCUUCGCUCGACUAUGCCCUUCGCUCGACUAUGCCCUUCGCUCGACUAUGCCCUUCGCUCGGCUAUGCCCUUCGCUCGACUAUGCCCUUCGCUCGACUAUGCCCUUCGCUCGACUAUGCGCUUCGCUCGACUAUACCCUUCGCUCGACUAUGCCCUUCGCUCGACUAUGCCCUUCGCUCGACUAUGCCCUUCGCUUGACUAUGCCCUUCUCACCGGGAGCGCCCCUGCCCCUCCUGCAGGGGGGGGAGGAGGGGGGCGGAAGAAGGGCAGGCCGUCACAGCAGCAGAGGGAGAAGGCGGGGCAGGUGGGCGAGUUCAGGCGCCAGGCGGCGGUGCAGCAGCGCUGCCAGCAGUGCAUCGACAGCCCCGCCCGCCCUCGCCACCUUGUGGUGUCCGUUGCCGCCCACAGCUACCUCAUGCUGCCGCCCGGGGGCUCUCUGCUGCCCAAUCACGUGCUCAUCGUGCCGUCUGAGGUGAGCCACACCGUGCAGUGGCCCCACAAGGCGCCCCUCACACUCAAAACCCCUGCUGCAGUGGCCAUGCAUGCUCGUGCCCCACACUCGCUCACCCCCUCCACCCCUUGCCACUCCCCCCCCCGGUGGUGGCAGCACGAGGGCAGCAUGCGGGUGGUGGAGGAGGCGGUGUGGGACGAGGUGCACAACUUCAAGAAGUGCCUCACGCGCAUGGCCAUGGCCACCCAGGAGGGCGCGGGGGUGAUCUUCCUGGAGAGCGCCAUGGGGGUGGGCGGGGCGGGGCGGCAGUGCAAGCACUGCUACGUGGAGGCCAUCCCCGUGCCCGCUGCUGUCAUGGCCCAGGCUCCGCUCUACUUCAAAAAGGUGGGGCCACGGUGCAUGGCACGCACGGCGUUGGACGAGGCGGAGAGCGAGUGGAGCCAGCAGCACAGCAAGCGCAUCAUCGACACGCGCGCCAUCAGGGGCGGGCUGCGCUCUGCCAUCCCGCCCAACUUCCCCUACUUCCACGUCGAGUUCAGCCUGCAGGGCGGCUACUGCCACGUGAUUGACGACGAGAGCGCCUUCAAGGCGUCGUUGGGCCGCGAUGUCAUCGCCGGCAUCAUGGAGAUGGACCCUCAGAGGUUCGGUGGGCGCGCGCGCGCCAGAGGGGGGCGCGGAGGGGUGGGGUCGCGCCCGCAGGAGGUGCAGCAGAGCGUUGCCAAGUUCAUGGAGAGCUGGAAGCCGUUUGAUUGGACCAAGAUGCUCGAUGGGUGA